AUGGAGGGAACACAUGCGGCCCUCCCAAUGAAGCAGGUCUGUGAUAACUGUCGCCGCCGUAAACUCAAAUGCAACCGUUUGUGUCCUUGCAACAGAUGCCAGGGUGCUCUUCUCCGUUGUACCUAUACGGACAUUUUACAGCGGAAGGGACCCAAAUUUCGCACUUUUUACCCUCGUUCUUCUACAAGCUCUACUGGCGAUGAAUCUCCUCAGCCAAACCCCAUCCCGACACCGCCAAACUCCAUUAUCCUAGGGGAUUUUGACCCUAGUCUCGCCCAAACCGCUCAUUCCUUUUUCUCACCAGGACCCAUGAUAUCUCCCGAUGACUCUGGCUGGGAGGAUUUCCCUAAACCCCAAUCGCCUCCUUCUCGUUUAUCAGCUCCGGUUAUAGUCGCUCAUGUGAAUGUGUAUCUGAAAUAUUUAUUCCCCAUUAUGCCUGUCUUCUCCCCAGCCCUAGUGCUAGCAGACAGCGGGGAACCAGAGCGCUUAAGUCCGCAGCGAUAUGCGUUCCUUGUCGCCCUGUGUGCAGCAACUCAUAUCCAACUGAAACUGGACGGACCUACGGACAACGGCCAGUCGGACGAAAUAUCAGGAGAGGACCUGUUGUCUGAAGCGCUAAGAGCACGGUCAGAGUAUGACUUGAUUGAGUCUCCAAGCAUCGAUAGUCUCCUUACAUCGUUCUACCUAUUUGCGUCAUAUGGCAAUUUAGAUAAACAAGACCAUGCGUGGUAUUAUCUUUGCCAGGCUCUUUUCAUGGCUCAUACAUUGGGUCUUCAUCAAGAAUCAUCUUACCGUGCAUUUGACCUUUUCGAAGCAGAAGAGAGACGGAGGGUAUUCUGGUUGCUUUUCGUUACCGAAAGGGCUUAUGCACUCCAGCAAACCAAGCCGGUCAUUUUAAGGAAUUCAAUACGAAAACCAGAAAUCUUCAGCGGGGACGAUCCUAUCCUUGCAUACGGAUUUUUGAAUCUUAUCAACCUAUUCGAAAAACUUACUCCGGACCUUUAUGACUGGAUUAUUUUUGGCCAAGGAGAUGAGCUAUCUGGGCAGGCACUUGUCAAUCUGACUUUACGCAAUUUGAGUUAUCCUAUAUCCCUAGAAGGGGUCUUGGAAACUCAGCAGGUUGACAUUCUUGUCACCCAGCAAUGGCUCCGGACAGCAAUGUGGAGGCUUCCAACACAGCUGCCGCUAGAUAAAUCACCUCCGAUACAAGAUAUUAUCCCUCCACAUGUCCCAAUCAAGGCAGGAAAAUUAGCGAUGGAGGUUGAGCAAAAGCUCUUCGACUUCGGCACUUCCGUUGCUGAUGCUACUCGCAGAAUGCAGCCGGCACUCGCUACACGCAUAGCUGCAUCGAUAACUGACACGAGAGAACUUCUCUGGGGAAUUCUUAUAUCACUAUCAAGGAUUCGUGGAUCCCAGUCACAUUUGUUUCCCAUUCUGAUUGAACAAUCGGGGGAUAUUUUGGGGUUUGAAUCACCGACCCCAUCAAGGACUUUACCAUUUUCUCUAAGUGAUGAAAAACGAGGUGCGACGGAUGAUCGAUGGGAUGACAAUGAAGAGGGCCGUGCGAUGGGGAAAUCGAAAAACCAAAUACGAAAUCAACAAUUACACGCCGCAACGGCCCAGAAGAGCGCUUCCGGGUUCUGUGGACUGCCAAUCUCCGUUAAAAUGGGAGAUUUCAUGAUGGCUGAAAUACUUAUUGCCAUCAUCCACGCCUUGCCAUUUGCCAACCUUCUGGGGUUGCUACUAUAUUUCGUUAUGCAAAAGGCAUCUUGUGCUAGUUCGGGGGACCAUUCCAUUACUUGGACCACAGUGAUGUGA